AUGAUUUUACUUCGUCUCUUUAAGCGACAAGUGCGCCGGGUUCUCACACAAGGCUGGCCCGCAAUCCUAGCCGCCUUGGUCAGCGUGGUCGUAAUAUGGGCGCUUCUUCUGUAUUUCAUGCUUGCCUACUAUCUGGCCGAUGACCCACGCCUUGUUCCUGACACCUUUCGACAUGCACGCCGGCCGAUACUCGUCACGGCGCAUCCAGAUGAUGAAACUCUGUUCUUUAGCCCCAGCAUUCUCUACCAUCGACACGAUCCCCAUGUUACACGAUCCCUGUUGGUGAUCUCCUCUGGGAACUACAAUGGCAUUGGUGAACAACGCCAAACGGAAAUUCAUAAGAGCUGUGCUGCCUUGGGGAUCUCCCAAGAUCACUGCGUAGUCUUAGACCAUCCUGACCUUCAGGAUAAUCCGAAGAAAUGGUGGGAUGAGAAGUUGGUUCAAGAUAUCAUCGCACCAUACAUAGAAAAAUGGAAGGCGGACCUGAUCAUAUCAUUCGAUCAUGGUGGAAUAUCAGGUCAUAUCAACCAUAGAGCUGUCAGUGCGGGCAUAAGGAACUAUGUUGUGACCAACGAGCAUGCACCCCCGGCAUAUACGCUGCAAAGUAUUGGGCUCCUCCGAAAAUACUCAUCAUUGAUCGACCUGAUACCCUCCACCAUCCCAUUCUUGUGGAAGAUCAUUAAAGCCCUCCUUAUACCUGCAACGAACCCUGAAAGUGUGGGUCGGUCGCUCGUACGAGAGACAGGGAAGGAGGGAGUACUUUUGGUGAGCUCGUGGCAGACAUAUCUUGAAUCACGAGCUGCCUUUGGCCAACAUGAGAGCCAGUAUUCCUGGGACAGAGUACUGUACUUAGUGGUGAGCCGUUACAUGUGGUUCAACACACUGGAAAGGACAGGAUAG